AUGCUGAUUGCGAAAGAAGCUCUGAGUCAGCCACAGUCUCCACGGUGCAUCUCAAUUAUCCGUGUGCCGUCAAUAGUGUACGAAACUCUGUCUGUCGACACAAAAAACCUCCGCUUCGAGAGUCGUCUGGAAGUCCCGCUGUCUUGGGAAGACCCUGAUUUAUCAUGGAACACAUCAGUCUAUCAUCAUGAUAUGGUGGUCCUGCCUGUCAGCAAAAUCUGGACUCCUGAACUCCAUGUGACUAAUGGAGUGCAAACAACGAUGAAGCACAGCAACAAGGACUUGCUGGUGCACAGCAACGGGACUAUAGAGCACAUGGUCAUCAUGAACACUGUGGUGGGCUGUGAAGUCAAUCUGUACAACUACCCCUUCGCUUCAGAUUUCUGUGCCAUCGCCCUGAAUGUGUGGGCAAUUAGUGGAUGUGGCAUGUUCCUGGACUUUGGGAAAGUGAGCACAACUAGUGCAAACCGUGGGGACUGGCUAACCGAGGAGGUGGAACUCAAUGCUAAAGGAGGCAGAGAUGAUCGCAACUAUCUAUGGGUAUUGCUGAAAAUGCGGUCCGAAAACCCGUUUCUGUCCCUGGUCCUGCCCAGUAUACUAAUCAUCUUGGCUGAUGUGGGCAGCUUCGCCCUGCCGCUGGGAGAGAGCAAGCGCAUCCCCUUCAAGGUUAAACUGGUUCUCAGCUUUAUCAUGUUCCUCAACAUCCUCAAGGACCUUCUGCCUGGAGGAGGCCAGUGCAGCCCCAUCAUCCGAAAGCACUUCUGUUUCUGUUUGGUCAUCCUGGUGUUGAGCACGUUGCAGUCUAUGGUGCUCACACGCCUGGCUAAGUGUGGCACUCUCUGGCCCUGCAGCCUCUCCAAGUCCAAAGACUCACUGCUUAAAGACACAGACAAUGAAGAGGAAUCCAAGUCUGAUAUUAAAGUCUCAGAGGAAGAGAAGAAUACAGCCCUCCAGAAGGUGGUGAAGUUUCUCAACAAAAUGGCUGCACAAGACCAGAAAAAUGCUAUACACCAUCGCUUUGCCAACAAAGUGGACUUGAUCUGUUUCUGUAUCUAUCUCACCGUCCUCAUUGUUUACUCAUUCAUCAUUUUAUUUUUCUCCUUUGGUUCUCAAUGUGAGAUCAACCAUUUAGAAUUCUGGCAUUAAAUUCUUUAUUUGCGUUUAACAAUGAUAUUUAAAUAAAUAUCAAGUAUGUGUGUAUUCUUCAGUAGAGAUUUAACAAUAUUUAUUUCAAUAUGUUUGAGCUAAGAAUGAAAUUGAUUAGGACUAUGCAUCCUACCUUUGAAACACCUCUGCAUAUCUAUCCCUUUUCCAUUCUUCCUGUGCCAUCCAAAUUCCUGCAUAGCCUACUGGUCAACGUACUGUAGUCAAAAAUAAUGUGAACGAUGAUGGUCAGUGAUGAAGAUGCGUCUAGCAACUUGCUGGUGCCGAGGCCCAGCAUGAUGACUCAAUCCCGAUUUAUGGUAUUGUCUGAAUGACAGACCAUCUGGGGGCUAUUACAGGGGUCAAACACCUUAUCUGUGGCAAUCUCGAUGAAAACACAUUCCCAUGGAUGUCCUGGGGGUCACUGACGCCAGGAUAAGAUGUAAAGACUGAUGAAACUUGAAUCGACUAA